UUUCUGAAACAAAAUAAAAUGAAAAUGAAAUGUAAACAAUUUUGAAUUGUCUCGUGCAGUACCUAGUUAUUACAAAACCACGUUUGAAUUUUCCCGCUUUUUAGGUUAACGUAUCAGAAUGUUACAGAUUGACAUCAAUUAUCGAUAUUAAAUUCGAGAUAUAUCGAAAUAUGAUGAAAGAUGAAAAGUGACUUUGAUGCUACAUUUGAAUUUCCCACGUCUAAGGUAAACUACCUGGUACUGUGUCAUUGACUAUCAACGUCAACCAAUAUGACGAGCAGCGGUUCAUCAAGUACAUUGCAUUCAGUGGGAUCUUUAUCUAAAGACAGUGAAUCUCAGAAUGGAGCCGAUAGAUUGCGUGAAGAAAGCAGAAUAGUAAUAAUCGGUGCUGGACUUGCUGGAAUUUCAGCGGCUAGUAGAUUAUUAAAAUUAGGUUUUAAAAAUGUUAUAAUAAUUGAAGCUGAUACACGUGUAGGUGGUCGAGUAUAUACUACGCUAUAUGGAGAUAACACGAUUGAUUUGGGUGCAGAAUGGGUGUACGGUGAAAAUGGAAAUAUUGCUUACAAUAUGGCUUAUCCGCAUCAAUUGCUUGCUUCUUCCAAAGGAUUGAACGAUUUCGACCAAUAUUUAUUUGGAAGGUCUGAUGGCAGUUUAUUUCCAGAAAAACUUAGUUCCGGAAUCUUAAAGGCAUAUUAUAAUUUUUCUGAACGCUUUGAGGAAAUGGUGAAAUACAAAGGAUCUUAUGGAGAUUAUAUGUUUGAAAAGUUGACCAAAUGGUGUCAAGAUAACAAUGUAAGUCAAAAAGAAAAAGAUCGUCUUAUACAAUGGAUACACCUAUUAGAUACUUCCAAGCGAUGUAUACCAUCAUGGUAUGAUAUUUUUUGGCAAGAUGCAAGAAGUUAUUGGAAAUGCCAAGGAGACAAUUUUCUUAACUGGAAAGAACGGGGUUUCAUAAGAGUACUUGAUUGUCUAGCGAACAGAAUCCCUAAAUCUAAAUAUUCGCUAGAUAUUAUGGGAUUAAUUAGAUUCGGCAUAGAAUUAAUCGAAAUCAAUUAUACGAAUCCUAAGGAUAUCGUUGUUAAAGUUAAAAUUGAUAAAGAGGAGCCCUAUGAAUAUAAAGCUGAUCACGUUAUAUUCACACCUUCUUUGGGAGUACUAAAGGAAAAAUAUAAAGGAAUGUUUAAACCUCGUUUGCCUGAAAAAAAUGCAAAUGCCAUAGAGGUUCUAGGUUUUGGUACGAUACAAAAAAUAUUUAUGGAAUUUCCAACUCGUUGGUGGAGCGACGAUGUUUCUGUUCUUUGUUGUCCAUGGGCUGCAGAGGAAAAGAUUCCAUUUAUACUAGAAACUAGUUCUAAGUACACUUGGAUAUUUGAUGUAUUCGCUUUUUAUACGAUAGAUCAUCAGCCUAAAGUUUUGUGCGCUUGGGCUGUGAGACAUAGCGCUAUAGAAAUAGAGGAUUUAUCGGAUGAAGAACUUAUCGAAGGAUUACAUUUAUUACUGGAAACAUUUUUUGGAAAACUCUUCGACAUUCCAGAACCAAUUAAUGUAAAAAGAACGACAUGGUAUAAAGAUCCUUUGUAUCGUGGAUCCUUAAGUUUUCCAACCAAACUUGCUGCAAAAAAAGGUAUAACGCCACGUGAUCUUGCUAACCCAGUUAUGUGUGACGACAAACCUAUUAUAUUGUUUGCCGGCGAAGCAACUCAUGAAAUAUUUUUUGGAACUGCUCAUGGAGCUAUCGAAAGUGGAAUGCGUGAAGCAGAAAGAAUUAAUUGUUAUUAUUGGAAUCCAGAACUCCAGCUAUCAAAAUUAUCAAUAAAAACAGCUAUGGAAACAGAACCGAUGUAUACUCCAGACCUUGUAAUAAUUGGGGCAGGCAUUGCUGGAUUAACAGCUGCAAAAACUUUGGAAGAUGCUAAUUUUAAAAAUUAUCUUUUAAUAGAAGCUCAACCACAUAUUGGCGGACGGAUAAAUUCUCAAUUACUGGAUGGCAAAUGGAUCGAACUUGGCGCACAAUAUCUACACGGUGACGGAAGUGAAUUAGCUCAAUUUUGUAAAGAUAAUAAUAUAAUAUUCGAAAAUAAAGAUAAGGAUGGAGAUGGUAUGCUUAUAACUUAUAGAGGACAAACAAUCGAUAAUGAUUUAGCAGAAGAAGUUAAAAACUUUAUCUAUGAUAUGUUAGAAAAAGAUGAAGAAGUCAACGAAUAUACUGAAGAGCCAUUUGCAAACCUUGGAAGUAUGUUGAGAAGUCGAUUUGAUGAUUACUUAAUGAAAUCAAAUGAUAAUCCCGAGACAAAGAAACUUAAGGAAGGAAUUUUUGACUGGAUCAAUAGAUUCCUUAUAAUAGAUAAUUCUUGUAUAACGCUAGAUGAUUUGUCUGUGAAAAAGUACGGAGAUUUCAAACGUGCUGGUGGUCCAGAAAACCUUACAAUAAUGUCUGGAUACGAAUCAGUGUUAAAAGCUAUUAGCAAAGAUAUACCUUCUAAAAAUGUACUUUUAAAUACUGCUGUACAAUUAAUACAUUGGAAACAAAUUACUAAAGAUGAAUAUGAAAAACCAAUUACUUUGGUACUAGACAAUUCAAGAAUCGUUACUGCAAAAUGUGUAAUAAUAACCUGUUCUCUUGGAUAUUUGAAAGAUCAUAUCAAAACAAUGUUUGUACCUCGUUUACCUAGGCCACAUUUUUUGUCUAUAAUAAGCAUGGGAUUUGGUACGAUAAAUAAAAUCUAUCUUAAUUAUGGUGAACCUUGGUGGAAACCAGAUGACAAAGGAUUUCAAUUUGUUUGGGAAAAAAAUAAAGUACAUAUAUUCGGUAAGGGAGCUAUACCUCUUUGGGCUAAAGAUCUUACAGGUUUUGAUGUUGUGCGAAGUCAUCGAGGUGUAUUACUUGGUUGGAUCGGUGGAAAAUCUGCUCCUCUUAUUGAAAAUAUAAGUGAAGAAGAAAUUGGAAUCGGUUGUACAAACUUGCUUAGGCAUUUUCUUAAAAAUUAUGAUAUACCUGAUGUGAAAGGAUGUAUUAGAACUACAUGGUCCUCAAAUAAAUAUAUAAGAGGUAGUUACAGUAGCAUUACGCCAAUAUGCGACGAGACAAACGGUACUCCGUCAGUAUUGGCAAGACCAAUUGGCGGUAAAAUAACGGGAAAAGGUUUUAAGGUUCGACCAAUAAUGUUGUUUGCUGGUGAAGCAACGCAUGAACGUUAUUAUUCCACUACGCAUGGGGCUUACGAAACUGGAAAAAGACAGGCUGAACUAUUUCUAAAAUAUCAUGUAACUGAAGCUUAAUUUUUCUUUUCUAUUUUUUAUUUUGUAUUUAUUUGGUAUUUUCUUUUCUAUACUAAAUUAAUCAUACUUAUAUAAAGGUUUAUAUAAAAUUUUUCAAAAUAAUUCUAUAUUAUUUAAAAUGUAAUACUAUUAAGUCUUAUAUUCAAAAUUACAUUUAUUUGGUGUUUUUUUUUCUAUACUAAAUUAAUCAUACUUAUA